CGCACUGAGUUUGUCCCUCCGCGACCACCGUCGCCCGGGCAGGCGCCUGCCGCGCGCGCCGCCCGCCUCGCUCUCGCGCGCUCCUCCACCCCACGCCGUGCGUGCCUUGCGUGCCUUGCGUGAGCGUGCGCGGGCGCGUCGGCCGGCAAGGGAGCAGCAAACGGCCGGCGGCGGGCGGCGGGCGCCGCGCGGGGGGCGGGCGGCGCGGAGGAGGCGGCAGUGGCCAUGGCCGAGGCGUCGCCGCAGCCCGGACGGUACUUCUGCCACUGCUGCUCGGUCGAGAUCGUGCCGCGCCUGCCGGAUUACACCUGCCCCAGAUGCGAGUCUGGUUUUAUUGAGGAGCUUCCCGAAGAGACCAGGACACCCCAUCCUCCCAGGAGUACAGAGAAUGGUUCCGCCCCCUCCACAGCCCCCACGGACCAGAGCAGGCCACCGUUUGAGAACGCGGACCAGCACCUGUUCACACUGCCACAGGGCUACGGGCAGUUUGCUUUCGGCAUCUUUGACGACAGCUUCGAGAUCCCCACGUUCCCCCCUGGGGUGCAGGCCGACGAGGGCAGGGACCCUGAGAGCCGUCGGGAGAGAGAGCAGCACUCCCGGCACCGGUAUGGCGCCCGGCAGCCUCGCGCCCGCCUCACUGCACGACGGGCCACCGGCCGGCACGAAGGCGUCCCCACGCUGGAAGGGAUCAUCCAGCAGCUGGUCAAUGGCAUCAUCACUCCUGCCAGCAUCCCCAGCCUGGGCCUGGGCCCCUGGGGUGUCCUGCACUCAAACCCGAUGGACUACGCCUGGGGGGCCAACGGCCUGGAUGCCAUCAUCACGCAGCUCCUCAAUCAGUUUGAAAACACGGGCCCCCCCCCAGCAGACAAAGAGAAGAUCCAGGCCCUCCCCACCGUCCCUGUCACCGAGGAACACGUAGGCUCCGGGCUGGAGUGUCCCGUGUGCAAGGACGACUACGGGCUGGGAGAGCGCGUGAGGCAGCUGCCCUGCAGUCACCUCUUCCACGACGGCUGCAUCGUUCCCUGGCUGCAGCAGCACGACAGCUGCCCCGUGUGCCGGAAGAGCCUCACCGGACAGAACACGGCCACCAACCCCCCGGGCCUGAGCGGCGUGAGCUUCUCGUCCUCGUCGUCCUCGUCGUCCUCGAGCUCACCGAGCAACGAAAACCCAGCGGGCAACUCGUGAGCGCGCCGGCCGGCCUCCAGAGAGGGCACAGGACCUGGGCCUUGCCAGGCCCGGCGGGGCGGGGCGGGGCAGGGGGCGGCGCGGCGGGGCUGGAGCCUGGAGGUACCCCCGCCUGCCUCCGCCCCCGCACCACCCCCGCGCCCGCCACCACCACCGCCACCGCCGGCCGAGCCUCGAGGACCGCAGCCCCCCGGGCCGGAGCAGGCUCAGCCCUCCCCGCGGAGUGUGUCGCGCAGGAGCCUGGGCACGCGUCGACCCCCCCACCCGUUUGUCUCUAACCUCACCCCUACACAUUCGACGGCGGAAAGGUUUUUAUAAUUUUAAAUUAUUACUGCUUUGAAAUAAAUGGACGUUUAGCUCACGUGCGGCCUGCAUGAUCUGUGGAGAGAGCGGGUGGAGCCGCUAGGCCGUGGUCUCCGCGACGCCUGGACGGGUCGCCAGCCCCCAACCCAGGCGCCGGGAGCUCGGGACCACAGGAUGACCAGCAAAACAAGAACAAAACUGCUCCGACAGACAUUUUUUAAAGGAAAAAAUACGUGUAUCUUGAAAGCUAUUUAAAAAUACACCUACUUAGAGAA